CAGACACCAUCCAAACACCAAACCAUCUUCAACGACCUGGGCGCGACCCGAAAUCGAAAACCAGCAGCACCAGCAGCUCCCUUAUCGUGCAACGAAUCAUUCACUCAGCAAAAAAUUCACGAACGACCGCAAUAAUAUACGUCGGCAACUCAACAGCAAUGCGAUCCGUUUAGCCGCGCCCCUCGCUGCCACUCUCAUCUCUUACCAGAGCUUCGAUCGAGCAAGCGAAUUUCCGACGCGACAGGCGCAUCUCGCCGCGUUUUGCAGCCAUCAUGGAUUCCGGUGCUUCUAACGGAGGCGUCUCCCCUCGAACGUUUGCGAUGCAGCAUCAGCGGCCCAGAGCGAGUUUUCAGGGUUGCUCGCGAAUCACCGACUAUGAGCUCCUCGGCAAGCUGGGCGAGGGCACUUUCGGUGAAGUACAUCGCGCGAAAUCGCGAAAGACAAACGCCCACGUUGCUCUCAAGAAAAUCAUCAUGCAUCAUGAGAAGGAUGGCUUCCCGAUAACAGCAUUACGCGAAAUCAAACUUUUGAAGUUGCUCUCCCAUAAGAACAUCCUACAGCUCGUAGACAUGGCUGUGGAGCACCCUCAGAGAGCUAGCGACAAGCGGAAACGGCCAAUCAUGUACAUGGCAACUCCGUACAUGGACCAUGAUCUAUCCGGUCUCCUUGAUAAUCCCUCUGUUCACUUCACUGAACCCCAGAUCAAAUGCUACAUGCUGCAGCUUCUUGAAGGGCUACGAUACCUGCACGAAAACCAUAUAUUGCAUAGGGAUAUGAAGGCCGCCAAUCUUUUGAUCAAUAACAAGGGCAUUCUCCAGAUUGCCGACUUUGGUCUGGCGAGACACUAUGAAGGGCCAACGCCGAAGCCGGGUCACGGCGCCGGUGAGGGUAAAAGAGAAUAUACUGGUUUGGUCGUCACUAGAUGGUACCGACCCCCGGAACUUUUGCUUCAUCUGAAGAAAUACACGACCGCUAUCGACGUCUGGGGUGUUGGCUGCGUCUUUGGCGAAAUGCUUGUUGGAAAGCCAAUUUUGGCUGGCGAGAGCGACACUCACCAACUUGACAUCAUUUGGGAUCUGAUGGGAUCGCCCACACCGGACAACAUGCCUCUGUUUAACACGCUUCCGGGCGCCGAAGCUGUUGCGCCGCGCCCACGACCUGGUAGCUUGUCUAGCAGAUUUAGAGAGCACGGGACGGGUGCCAUUUCUUUGCUGAAGGAGCUCCUCAAACUCGAUUGGAGAAGUCGCAUCAACGCUGGCGACGCCCUCAAUCAUCCAUACUUCAAAAUGGCCCCUAUGCCAGCCGAGCCGGGCGAUCUCCCGACCUUUGAGGACAGUCACGAGCUAGAUAGGCGAAAGUUCCAUGACCGCCAAGCGAAACUGCCACCUGCACCGAAGGGGGGCACGGUGGGCAUGGGUCCCGAGGCGCAUGGCGCAAACGCCGGGUUCAACAACGCCGACGCUUACAACAACCGUAACAGUGUGAACGGAACCCGUCACCCUAACAUGCCCGGUGGCCACCGCAACGGGGACGAGCGUAGACCAGCUUGGCAGCGAGACAGAGGCUUGCCACCAAGACCGCCUCCACCCGAGUACGUUAACGGCGGCCCUUUGGACCGCGAUGCUUUCCGGGACAGAGAUCGGGACAGGCGGCCCAGGAGCCGAGGAGGUAGGGCGCCCGACGUGGACACCUACAUCCCGAGCUACAGGGACGAAGCCCCUCGACAUCGGGAAGAACGUCCUCCGCGCGACCGUCAUCGCAACAGUAGAGAUGAACGAUGGCAUGACAGAGACUGGGAUCGCAGGACGAGAAGCCGCAGUCGCUCACCGAUCAGAGAUCGCGAGCGGGACCGGGACAUGUACCGCAGAUGAGAUCACGCUCUUGAUCACAGGAUACUAAAGUAUCGGAGGGCAGGGCGGGCAGCUCGACGAAGCACAAGAACUGGCGUUUGAGGGCGAGAGGCAUAUUCCUAAGCAGGGCUGGCAUUUUCAAAGUGAUUCCCAAGUAACGAUUGCUUCUCUUGCACGCCGCGUACGGUAGACGCUAAGGGACUUCGAAUUACAUAUUCAAAUCUCGGAAUCGUCAUCGUCCUCCUCGUGAAUCGUCUGCGACCAGAGCCCCGGCGUCCGCCUCCGUCUCUUCGGGGGUGGCUUGUUGAGUAUAUGCCAGUCUGUCUCGUAUGACGACGAGUCUUCCGUCUUACCGGUUCCCGGUCGCUCCGAUGAGGGUGUUGAAGGCAUUGGAGUUGGAGGCAAAGAUCUCGACCUGUUGUCACGCAUGCCGAAGAUUGUAGUGAUCACGCCGGAUGUGCAAGACAUAGUCAGGCCAGCCACGAUGCCAAUGCAAGCGCCGCAGGCCAGCUGGGAGGAGGUUAGCAAAUCAGCCGUCCAGCUGUUACGGAGGGCAAUGAGUGAACCAACAAAGGUGUAGAGGGGCUGUGAGCGUUAGCGCUGCUGUAGAUGAACCACGUUGCAAGGGAUAGAUAGGAAGCCUACCUGGAGGCUGGCUAGAAAGUCCAUGAUGGCUUGGCCCCAUCCGAUGACAUAUGACGCCAUGAGUAUGAGCGGCGAUAACAAGAUGAGGGCGGUGUUGAUGAACAGGGCCACGGGCUUCCAUGCGAUCCUCGCAGGCCAGGUUGCGAUGGCGAAAACGCCAGAGGCAUACGACAGCGACGCCAUGUCGUGAUGGGGAGCUAGGAGGGUGACGUUAUGAUGUGUUGGUAUAUAAUAGAGAACAGCUCGAUGCACGCUUGUCCUGGAGAUGAAGGUGGUGGUCCCGUUCUGCCAGUUAGAACAUAGCGAGAGGGUGAGCAGGCUUGCAGUAGACGAGAACGAAGUCGAUCGAUGGAAGCGGUGGUUCCGAAGGGAGGUGAUUAACGUUGAGAUUCGGCGUGUUAAUUUGUAAGAUGGGCAUUAGAUGUCGUGCAUUCCAGCCUGCCUACUGGGGUUUUCAGGGGUUAAUGUAGCGACAGGCGCGAGCUAGCCGACUCGACGCCUGCAAGUAGCCUUCAGCAUGUCGAGUAGCUCGAUAGAUAUUAGACGAGCCUGCACUUAAACUCAAUCAUAAAGGCGCGUGCGCACUGACCAUGUAAAGACAUCGGCCAG